AUGAUCAGAUUACACGCGGGAUGCGUCUUCCUUCUCGCCUUUUCUUUCACCCAAGCCCAAAACAUUGGCGCUGACCGCACAGUGGCCCAGAAGUAUACUCUCGACGAUAUCGUGCCGAGUACCGACCAGGCCUCUGGACAUGUCAAGUGCUGCCCUAUAGGCACUGAGUUUGAUGGCCAGGGAUGUAUUCUCGGGGUCCCUAUUUGCCCUAAAGGCAGCACUAGCGAUGGUGACAAAUGUGUCUCACACUUCAAACCUUUCUGUCACCCUGGGUACGACUACCAAAAUGGGCUUUGCAUCACCAUCAAGCCUCCAACCUGCGAGCACGGCACCAUCUUGAAGGGCGGUCACUGUGUUCUUGAAGGCACCGCAGACUGUGGUCCUGGAUACCUCCUACAGGGCAAUCUUUGCAUCUCACAAAAGCCUCCCAGCUGCCCUGACGGUGAACACUUUAAUGGCAACGCCUGUGCUUCAGUCUUAGUGCCAAAAUGCCGAGAUGGAGCUAAGCUUGAGAAUGGCUUGUGCAUCGAUAGCAAGCCUCCACUUUGUCCCCAAGGAUCCUCUUUCGACAAGGCCAAUUCUCGGUGCAUUUCAGAGUUACCUCCUCGCUGCCCAGACAGUACCAUUCUUCGCAACAACCAAUGCAUAUCAAGCAAUCCUCCAAGCUGCCGCGAUGGCAGUGUGUUUAAUCCUAAAACAAAAUCUUGUAUCAUCCCCGACAAGCCUAGCUGCCCCGUUGGAACCCAGCUAGACAACAAGAAGUGUGUCUUUACCGGCGAGAUUCAAUGCCCAGCAGGUACAUCUUUGUCGAUUGACCAGACUCAGGGUACUUCUCGCUGCUGUCCAAUUUCUAUGACAUGGGACGGACAGGCAUGCAUUACAAAGCCGAUUAAUGGCCGAUGCCCGGAUGGCAGCCCUCCGAUUAAUAAUCGCUGCGAGAAAUAUUCCAACCCUCAGCCAAUCUGUCCUCCCAGCUACAAGCUUGAGAAUAGUCGCUGUGUCUCGCAAGUGCCUCCUAGCUGCCCCCAGGGGUCCUACCUAGAGGGCAACGAAUGCACCCUUGUUCAGAAGCCGGAGUGCUCUAAAGGUCUGGUUCUUAUCGGUGCUGACUGUGUUUUCUUGGGCCCUGCUCUUUGCCCACCGAAUACCAAGCUAGAAGGCAAUGGGUGCAUCACUUAUAUUCAACCCGCUUGUGACGAGUCUGCGAUAUGGGAUGGAAAGCGCUGUGUUGUCAGCGGUCUCGCAUAUUGCGAGCAUGGGGUCCAGCAUGGUGACGAUUGCGUUACUGGAAGCCAGCCUCAAUGCAAGGAUGGUGCGGCAUUUGACGGCAAACAAUGCGUCUCCAAUAUCGUCCCCCAGUGUCAACCAGGAUCUGUUCUCAAUGGCGACGGCUUAUGUCUAACUAACACCCCUCCCCAAUGCCCUCCUGAAACCAAAUUAUACAAUGGAAAUUGUGUAUACGGAGUUCCAGGUUGUCCUCUCGGACAAAUAUUUGUGAACGGACGCUGUGAGACCUCUGCACAGCCCCAGUGCCCUGAGAAAUUCCAUUGGAAGGACGGGAAAUGCACUCGCGUUGUUGAAGAGCAUUGUGAGCCAGGAUAUGUCCUCAAAGAUGGCCAGUGUAUCUCCACCGCAAAACCUGACUGUGGAGACCUUUUGUUUAACGGCAAAGCCUGCGUUGCUAAGACGCCAUCUUGCCCUGAAGGAACCUACCUUGAGGAUAGCCGAUGCUAUACUACCGUUGAUCCUCGGUGCCCGCAGGGAUUCAAAUUCGACGGCAAGAAGUGUGGUGCAGAGCAGAUUCCCCAAUGCCCACCUGAUACUGUAUUCGACAAGUCUAGCCAGGAUUGUGUCUCCAUCAAGAAGCCCACCUGUCCCAAGAACACCGUUUUCAACGGUAAGCACUGUGCCAUCACCACUGGAGACUGCAUGGAAUUCCAGUUCUGCCCCACCGAAUCGUACGGAAAGGGAUGUCAUCGCACUCUGAACGGGGUUGUCUGUGAGGGAUCGCCAUCUCAGGUACCCCCAUUCCAGGGUAGAAUUGGGGGAAAUCCUCCACCAGUGUAUGGUACUAUUCCAGACAAUUUCAACCGACAGGCCCCAGUUUAUGGUUCUCCCAGCCAAGGCAAUCAGCCACCCUAUAACCAGCAGCGGUUGCCAUAUGGCUCUGGACGUCCACCUGGUUGGGUUGAAGACCCCCGGCUUGCAGCUGAUGGAGUUUAA